GUCGCUGUACCCCACUAUCUCUCUUUCUCUCUCUCUCUCUCAGUCUCUUUGACGCCUUUUUUGUCACUUAUGCAACUAAUUCAUUUAAAGACAAGCAAAACCUGGUUCUCUUAGCGCCUUCCCCGGUCAUGCAUCUUCCUUAUAAAUCAACUUAGGGUUACAACCAAAGUUGCGCAAAGAGAGGCAAGAGAGAGAAGGGGAGCUUUUAGUUGGAAAAAAAUGGCAGAAAAAUUUCCAAAGCAGCUCCUUUGCAAGUGGGUUUUGGACAGCACUAUCAAAGAAGAUGGUUCCAAAGAAAGGUUCUACAUCAAUUUGGAGACGAGGCAGAAGUUGAACCUUGAAGAAAAUAUUUUCAAUGAGGUGAAUCACAGUACUAAAAAGCGCCCGCUAGUUGAAGGAGUAGGGAACACCGUGCAGGGCCUUCCUCCAUACCUUCCUGCAGGUUCAGAAGGGUCAAAGAAAUUUGAUCUUGGCGAAAGCAGUUUGGCUUCAUCUGUUGUAUGUGAUUCUGCUUCAGAUACUGCAUAUACUGAUUCUGCUUCAUCUGCCGUAAGUAAUGCCUUGCAGAAGAAUGAAGCGGAGAACCACGAGCCUAGCCCAAAAAGAGCCAAAAUAAAAUAUGUUCCCGAGAUCACUCUCUUUAAUAUUAGGAGGACUGUGAUAAGGAAUACUCUGGACAGGUUGAAGGAGGAGGCCCGGGCGGAGCGUGCUGCAAGAGCUGCUGAAUCAAAUGGGCGUGCGGACGCCGAUGGAAGAGGUGAAAAUUAAAGAGCCAGCUUUAACUAAAGGGGCGAGCGCGUGUAUGCGUUCGAUCGGGAAGUAGCAAUCCUAAAUAAUGGUUGUGUUUUCUAGCAUGAACUAGUACUUUUUCUAUAUAAUAUGGGUUUGUGAUGUUUCAGCUAGCUGCAUGCCGGUUGAACUUUGGUAUGCUGCUCUUAAAUAAUUGGCGCUUUGUAAUAAAGGGCACUUCUCGACUUUGAAUA